UGGAUUAAACCAAAUAAUUUUGUCAUAUUUACUUGUUCAUAUAAGAUAAAAUUUGAUUGAUUCUGCAAAAGUGAAUAUUAAUAGAAAAAAAAAAAACGAAUUUUUGUUUUAAUAGACAAACAGUUGCUCAAUUAUGUGGAUGGUCACAUAUCGAUUCAAAAUCAGUUGGAUAUGAUCGUAUGGCAUUAUUAUUAGAACAAGAUGAAUAUGAAAAAGUAGCUGCACUUUAUAUAUUUCAAAUGAAUGUUAAUCGAGCAUUAGAAGUACUUAAUGAGGGUCUUCAACGAGGUGGAAAAGAAGAAUUAGCAACAUUAAUUCUUGCGUUAGUUGGUUCAAUUCGAGCAACAUCAACAAAUAAUGAUGAUAAAACAUUAAUGAAUGAAUUUUCAUCUGUAACAAAAUUAUUUCAUCGACCUUAUGUUCGAGCUAUGUUUGGAUUUAUUCUUACACAAGAUGGAAAUGAUCUUCAAUAUGAAUGUGUUCUCGAUGAACAAUUAGAUCUUAAUGAUAAAGUUGCAUUUGCUGCUCGAUAUUUAAAUGAUCAACGUCUUUAUGAUAAAUUAGAUAAAUUAGCUGAUGAGAGUCGAGAAAAAGGCGAUCUACAAGGAAUUCUUCUUACUGGUUUGUUUUAUUUAUCAAUUUAA